GAAGUCUCGACGUACCACGGAGCCUAGGAAACAGCCCUUCCGCUAACUGGUCGUCUGUGAUGGGAGCCGCCGGCGAGGCUUCGUCACCGCGCGAAGGGGACAGCGAAGUUGCGGCACAUCUGCGACGCCGCGAGAUCAGGAAAACAAUCGCCGCUUUGCAGAAAGAGCUCUCUGACCUGGAGCCACGGAAAGGAUGCUGUUGCUGGGGCAAGGCGGGAGAGAUGAAAGGACUGCCGGUGCUUGCGACUGCCGCAUCCAAGGCGAGGGAGGUCGAUGGUGUAGUCGCCGACGAGAGGCCGGCUGGCGAGUAUCCUUUAGAUUUCGCGAUGAAGGUAUUGCAGUUCCUGCUAACAAAUUUGGCAUGAAGGGUACUGUGAAUAUCAAUGUCUGCUAUUAGUAAUUUCAACCAUCUUCUAUUAUAAUGCAGAUCGUCCUAAAACUAAAUCUGCUUCUGGUUUUGACGCAGGAGGAUAUCGUUGCCCCAUGGCCUAUGGUUUUCGAAGUUGCGUGUCGAAACUAAUACGUGUUGAGUAACCCCUCUUACAACGACUUUUUCAGAUGCUGCAAAUCCUAUGGCCGAAUGCGGAGCGCGCAUUCGCCAAGCGCAUUCAGUAUGGCAUUGUGCCGAUGCUUGCAAAAGACCUUCCCCCAGCUAUGCAGGAUAUCUCGGUGAGGCGCAUUUACCUGGGUAAAAAGCGGCCAACAUUUGGGCCAUUGCGGCUGCGACCACCAGUAUAUGUGAAUGGAAGACCAUCGCAGAACCUGAGUCCGAGUAAGGGGUUUCGACGUGAAGGUAGCCUUCGGAUGGGGUCUCAGAGUCCGGGUCGGCUGCCGAGUUCGUUCUCAUCACCAGGCGGCGAGCGGUCGUCCUCCUCGCGCUGUCCGCUGGGCACGGAGGGACUUCACGGCGCUGCGGCGCCGGGGUCGUCCGGUGGACCUCUUAGUGCUCGAUCAUCUGUGCUGCCAUCUAUUCCGCAAAAAAGCUGCGCGGCCGAACACGUGGAGACCAAUAGUUCUUGGCUUUGCAGCGGUGGAGGAUCGCAGGCAUCCUCUUCCAAUCCGUCUUGGCUGCUACGUUCCUGUAUGUUAACGGAUUCCUGUACGACGUCGUCAUCAAGCAGUGGACCGUCAACAAGUAGUGCCGACGAUACCCUGCGAGGACACGUGGAUGGGGCGACGGAGAUAGUUAUGUCGCCAGUGUGGACACCGUCCAAGCGAAGUCGUGGACAAGAAGGACGAAGGAGAAGUAGGCACAAUACUAGAGACUCGCGGAGUAGGGGAGAUCGUGUCGAGUUUCGUCCAUCUGCAUCUUCUGACGAUGCGCAGCAGACAACUGCGAAAUUGUCGUAUUCUCAAAAAAAUAGGAGCAGCAGAGCCGCCGGCACCACUUCGUCUAGUAGUAGUUACAACGACGAUAAUUACAACAAAAGUGAGCACAAGAGGAGUAGUGCACGGCCAUCAACGACUGCCAAUCUUCCCGUUGAACAGCAAAGUUCGCACGUCGACGACGUCGAGGGUGCGCAUCAUCAUGAAUCAAACUCAGCAUUCGACACUCUUCAUUCGCGCAGUCCUGAAAGGUCUGAUUAUAGUGCUAAUGACGAAGAUCUUUCGCUGCCUUUGAGCGAAGUAUUUGCAGAGGCUAUUCAAGAUGUUUUGUCGGAGGUUUUAGCCAGCAGUUUUGGUCCCGCUAUGACACCCGAUGAGCGCUCUCGAAUGUCCUCAGCAUCACGCAGUAGCGCCAAAAGAAGUUUUUCGGCUUCGGAAGCAGGAACCAGCCGUGAAACUGGGUCAGGUGUCACGACCAAGACUAGUCGGUGCAAAGGAGCAGUACGCGGUCAUCGACUAUCAUGGGAAGAGACGUGCAGCGGAAGGAAACCGGACUGGGACUCGGCCAGCAGUUGCAGCAAAGGAGAAGGCUCUACUACUGGGGGAAAUGGUCGCGAUCGUUGCGCCGGCCUCUCAACACCAGAUCAGCGUCGCAUGCAAAAACUAGUCGAGAGGCAAAGGGUGGUGGAAGGAAGCCACCGACAAGACGACAGCAGCGCCUUUAGUGAUGUCGUCUUAGACGACAAGGUCGCGCCGGAAGCGAGUUCGCCGCUCUGCUGUUCACCACAGGCGCCACAUCCUGGGACGCCAAGAAGAGGGCGCGAAGACAGGUGAGAUAGAUCGGCACCUCCUCGUUUUUCAGUUCUUAUGAAUGUCCUUGGCCGAAAACAUGGACGCUCGCAGAUAGGUAGUUAACUAGGAAUUAUUUGAUCAAAAGACAGAUAAAUGAAACUCGCAAGUGAAUAUGAAAGAAGAAAUAGAAAGCCCAGGCCAUUCACAAUGAAAAUUUUCGCCGACUUCCCACAGCCAGCAGUCGUCAACGCAAGGGGCGGAACAAAAAAGUUCUCGACCAGAUUCGGCGAGAAGCGAAAGGCGGGAAAAACAAGAAUGGCAGGAAGCCGCUGGGUACCUCGGGACGGCGGAGGUGGAGCAGCUGGCUUGGGAAAUGCCGUUCGAGUGGAGAAGCGACAUGGUAGUGGAAUUCAGCGCAUUAAACGGAAUGGUAAGGUUUGGGUGCGAAGAGUUUUUUAUGAAGGGAGAAAUGCAGAUAGUAAUGCGGCCUAUUUUGAACGAGUUGCCUCUUUACGGCGGUGCAACGGUCGGCUUUAUCAACCCACCGCAGAUGGAUUUCAACUUUGUGGGGACAGGCGCUGGUCUUGCGCACGUCCCUCUUUUUGCUCGCAAACUGCGCCAUGAAGCAGAGAGCCAAUUUGCGAAGCGGUUCGUCUUGCCAAAUUCCAUGUUCAUACGCAUGGGCCCCGUGGAAAAGCUCGACCUGGCAAGUAUUUGCUCUGUUUUGGUCUUACUUUACGUAUAAAUAUGUAAAGUUUAUCAUCAAUACUGUUAUCAUUUAAGUGACCCCAUUUUCUUGUUGAACUUGAAACUACAUUGCCAUGCAUAUCUAUGACUAUGAUUCAGGCCUCAAGUUCCAUCCUCCACCGGAAUUUUGCGCGCGCGUUGAAGUUCUAGAGGCGCGGAAUGUUCCAAGCUCAGACUUUCAUAUCUUUUCGCAGGCAAGUAGCGACCCCUACGUGAAGUUCAAACUUGGCUCGCUGGGUUAUCAAACAGACGUCAUUCCAGAAAACCUACACCCAGUGUGGUCGCAAUACGUGUUACGGCAAGCUUGAUAUCUUUACUUGCUCACUAGAAUAUGCUGGUACAAAUUGUUGAGCCCUCCGCGUUGCUCUAGAAGUUUCAUUUUCUGAGUUCAGCUACUUAAAAAGAAUAACUCGUGGAACAGAGAACUUUGUUCUAAAGACAUUUUUUCUGUGCUACUAAAUCGGCGUAAAGUUGUCUCUAAGCAUUAAGCGGUCUGGGGAGUUUAUGAUUUACAAUUCGAAGCAGCGUCUGUACGUGGAGCUUUUCGAUCGCGAUGUGCUGUCCUCGGAUGACUUGCUCGCGAAGGGCGACUGGGUAAUCGGCGAUAUAUUCGGCGACCAUUGGCAUGAUUUAGAACCAGUUAUGUGACAUGAUAGGUGGUAAAAGAUGGCAUCAUGACUUUGAACCAAUUAUGUGGUGACUUUAUUCAUUGGCAUGGUUUAGAAGAGCCGGCUAUGUGACGCUGUUGUUCUGUCUUCAGUAUUGGUGUCGCCUUCACCCACACUGUUCAAAAGUUUCUGCAUGUCUUAUCACAACAUUAGAAAACGGCAGUUUCUCGUUCGAAUUUACAUUUUUCUUGAAAAAGUAUCUAAAAAUCUACUGAGUAAGAUCAGGUAGCUAGUACAACUUCUACACGAUACGUAGUGCUGGGUCAGGGCCUUCUAAGCCACUUGUGGAACCUAGCGGAUCUGCAGUGUCGACGAAAAUCCGCCUGCGUGUGACGAAACUACAACUGCAAGUACAAAGUCUAGAGAUGCCCGAGACGAAUCGUGCACGUCCUAACUUUAAGGGGUCUUUGACGCGAGUCGUAGACCCUUUUGCAGACGACCGGAAUAGCAACACUAGUGCUGAGGACGACAGAGACGGCAUUGACCCGAUGGAGGUGCCGACACGAGUAAUCUACGAAUCAAAAAAGCCUCCUUGUCGUAUAGAGUAUGCUCUCUGCUGUUCCGCCUUGUUUCUAGCACUAAAAGGUGCUGGUGGUUUUACUAGAAGUACGUUUCUUGGUCUUGGUGUUGUACUUCUUCGAUGAUGUAGUAUCUAACAUACAAUGUUUCUUAGCGCGUUUGUGUUGUUAACGCUUGUGACUGGCUUGAGUGAAUGCAAGUCCUUUCUGUAACUGAUGCUUCUCGGAGAGCAAAAUAGCCAGAAGAGUUAAGACAAGCAUGAUGAUGCAAACUUUGAAAAAGUGACUAUUUUUAUAUAGGCACUUUUGAUCAUCUAUACAUCUGAAAACAUGUGUAAUUAACCUCCAUCCAUAACAGGACGCUAGUGGUUUCCCCUUAUAUGUGCGUAGAGGUGUGCUGCAAAUCUUGAUUGGAUUUCACCUUUUGGGUGAAGGUUUAGGUCCCGCGACGCUCAAAGCACUAACAAGUAAAGCACCCGGCUAGUUUUCACCUCACCAAGUCUAGGCCUAUCCCGUGCAGCAACAUGCAAUGCUUCUUAGAAGUACUAGAUUCUUAAUCAGCUUAAGGUGCCUCAACAUGACAGAAACUCCGCGCACAUGACAAGAUUGAUAGAUGUAGUUCUAAUAGAUGCGUCAGUCGAUCGCACACACAAAGUCGGUAUUGGUUUCAAUGGAUGCCGUGCUUCGACCGGAGAAGCCGAUCCCGCUCCAUUGCCAGCCACACACGUUUUUACUUGAGGUGCGUGUCUGGGGAUGCACCGGUUGCAAGGCAAGCGGUAUGUCCGCCGUAAAUUUACGCCUAGACAUUGCGGGGAAGAACUAUGACACGGGUCGCAGUUUGCAGCAGAUCAGCGUGAAACCAGGAACGCUGGAAAAGGGAGGUGCCCGCGCAAGAGCCUCAGCAACUGCUAACGGCAUUGACGAGCUGGUGGGCGAGGAUGCGGAAAAGAUAAAAAACAUCGGUGUCAGCGCUGAAGUCGUGCAGAAACUUAAAUUUGCGGGUUUUACGGGUGCAAAAAUAGCGAAAUUCCUCGGCUGCGAUGCGGCGGACGUGAAUCUACAACUGCGAGGGGCACACGAGGAGAUCUGGUGCAGGAGUGUUUUUGCCUUCAUCCGCGAUCCGGAAGAAUCAGAGGUCAAAUUCAGUAUCCUCGGCAGUAAGUCCGCGUUCGACCCAUCUGCACGGUACAAAAAAUACCACGACGAAGCGAAGAAGUCAAUGCUUGGUGCGCGCCUCGUCACAGGAGCCAUCAAUCUUAAGAACUUCUCUGUUCUAUCAACAAGCAUCUGUGACUUCUUACUUUCCAUCCUUAAGAGGUCAGGGAUGCCCUGAAGAAUGCAAUGGGAUGACCUCUAACACGUGUAUCAGCAGUGGGGUAGCGGCAGUGACCCGCUUGUCGUCGAGUCAGAAGCGUCGCUCAUCGCAGGCUUCAACUGGCAGAAAAGGUAACGGUACUGUGUCUUUACAUUCGAACUAGCUUGAGUUGUAGAGGCUCUCCUAAAUGAAAUUUUGAUUUUUCUUUUAUUUGCAGGAAGCGGGAAAAAUUUCAGUAAUGUAUUGGAUUUUUGUUUUCCAGGAAUCGAGCGUGCUGAGCGUGAUUUCGACCAGCUGGUGGUCGACUCGGCAGGCACUAGCCGCACUGCCUUCGAGGGUGGAGAGAAAGCAGCCUCGGUCGAGGAAGACGUUUUUGUCGAAGAGGAAUUUUCACUGCAGAGUUCACCCACGUUAAGGCUUCUGAACCUAAAUCAUAUUAAUGGACUAGAUUCUUCUAGUAGGUAGUCGAGUAAGGACUACAACAGGGAGCGAACGCAUGACAUUCUUUUAGCUGGUGAUGACUGUUCUUGCUGGUCGUAGUGUUGUACUUUUGGCUGGUGAUUCUAUGUACUUCCUAGAUACGCGACCCCUCCUUUUUCAAAUUUUUUAGAAUCAUGAUGAGUGAUGAUGAUGUCAUAGUUCUUUGCUGGUGAUACUAUAGUCUGUGUCUAAUGAUCGAACGACCAGAAGAUCCUGAGGAUCCGGUCUAUAGGGAAAAUAUCGCCAAACAGGCGGCUCCGAAUGUGUACGAGCUCGCGAACUUACUGGAGAAAGACCAUGGCGCAGACCGACAGAUGCUGAAGCCUGGUGGCAACAGUGUGCCGCUGGAGGUGGACGUCUCGUUCCAGCUCUAUUCUCUCGUGCACGCGCCUUAAGUUCCGCGCCACAUUUCUGCUUUGUUUUGGAGAAGUCCUCGUCGCACUUUUACUUUACUGUUUACGAUCUACUUGCUAACUUACAUUAAAUUGCUCGCUGGUGAUCAAAUGAUGGUCAGAUAGACUUAAACAACUUGUUAAACUAGCCCGUUAUAAUCCCGAAAUCGAUUACAACUAGUAGUACCCACGUAUCUACACCCAAACUUACAUAAUCAAGUGGCAUCUGGUCAUGGUAGGGCUUGGUGAGCAUAAAAUGUACAGCAGCGUCUCUUCUGAUGUUGCAUCAAUAUCACACUUGCGUGCUGCAUAGCGGAACAAUACAAUAGAAAUGACAGAAGAACCAUGUAUAGUCAGAAGCUGGGGCCUGGAUAUCUUUCUGUCAUCUAUUCUUGGUUGGAUCAAUUACAAGCGUUUGCUGCAGAGCGGUUUUAGCCUACAUGCACCUAGUAUGUAAAUACACUAGAGAAGAAUCCUGUAGCUACCUAGUCUUUUAUCUUGUAAUCAAUUAUGAAGCAUGGGGGUAAUGCUAAUAUUUGUUUCGAUUUUAUUCAGACUCUUUCUUGCUGUUUUGCAUCGACGCUCGUGUGAGCUUCGCAGUUCGGUCGUCAAUCGAUGUUUGCACUUAUUGAUCAUUCUCAUUAGCUGCAAGGAGUCAACAGGCACUUGGAACAGUUUAGGUCAUUAGUUUUUACAGCUCAAAUUUACAACGAACUGAGACAACAAUGAGAAUAGAUCACCAAUAUCUUGCGACUACAGCCUUGUUUUCAGUUCACGUACGUUAUGAUCUUCGGAAGAACUCAGUCACAUUUGCUUUGGCGGUAUGGCCGUGUUUAGUCACAUUUGCUUCGGCAUUAUGGGCGUGCUUAGUCACAUAUACUUUAGCAGUAUGGCCGUGUUUAGUCACAUCUUCAGCAAAAUUUAUGGUGUUGUCACAUCUUCAGCAACAGUAUUGUGGCAAGUAAUAGACUCAGCAAUAAUAUCUGCUUACUAUUGUGGUCAUAAUUCCACUAGCUUAAAUGAACAGUUUCCGAUGGUAGAUGUCAAUCAUGUCAUAUGAAUCCUGCACCCCCAAUCUCAAAUAGAGUCCCCUGUCAUACAAAGCGAGAAAGACUGACUGUGAUUUUGUGAUGUUUCGUAGUUAUCGAAACUUUUUGUCGUCCAUCCAUCGGAGCAGGGCCUACGAGGGCAAUUCAUCG